AUGACGGCACACCUAGAGCCCCUUGCUGUGGCUACGGGGGCUGCAACGUACUCUGUUGCAAUUGCGACGGCGACGUCGAAUGUGAAUGCCGAUGCCUUUGAACGCGCCAAAGGCCUCGACACUGGUGACCUUACCCUGCGCCGGUACACAGGUUACGUGGGUGUCUCCAUUGACGAUCCUAUAUACGUCGAUUGGUUCAACAAGCUCUCCCUUUCGCUACUGCUUUCCUCCAACCCUAGUCUGCAUGCAGACGACUACUCCGCCCAGAUUGUCCGCCUGCUUCAUGCCCGCGAGCUUACUCUGCUCCGCUACACGCAGCUCAUGGGUGUGCCUGCCGACGACCCUGUCUACGUGGACUGGUUCAACAGGCACGAUAGAAAUGGCGAUGGAGUCAUUACGGCCGACGAACUUUCCCUGGACGAGCUGGAGUUGUGA